AUGUCCCUUUUCUAUUUAUACUUCACACUCUCACCUAUCUCUAUCACUUGUCGCAUCGUUUCAUUCAAAGCAUUGUUUACCCUCUUCGUCCCCAAGGUCUCUCACAAAGCUUUCCUCGUGACUCUUCUGAACGAUGUCAAGGUGGACCACAAGGUGGCUGUAGCAAUCCUCGGUAUCAACCAGCCGGCUAGCCGGAUGCGAUAUAUCCGCCUGCAACAGAAGUACGGAUUCAACGCCGUGGGCCACCGAGAGAAGAAGACGUAG